CAAUAAUGUCACUGUCGGAGGGCGUUGUCUGAGUGUGUGCAAAACUUAGCUCAAGGACAGUAUAAAAGCAUCUGAUCUCUGCGCUGUCUCACCACACCUGACUGAUUGUCUUCUCUUCCGCUCUCCGAGACUCAGGUUUCCUAGACACUCAGCGAGAUGACGAGCAAGCUGGAAAAAGCCUUGGAUGAAGUUAUCGACGUGUACCACAAGUACUCCGAGAAAAGGCCCAAUUCGGAUGAUUUCCUGCAGAAGCAUGAGUUCAGGCAGCUGUUAAAGCAGCACGCCAAGUCAUUUCUGAAGUGCACUCUGCCGUACGGGCAGACGGAAGAAGAAUACAUAGAAGACCUGUUUCAGAAGGCGGACAAAAACAGAAAUGGAUACCUCCAUUUCGAAGAGUUCGUUACCACGCUGGCGAAAUUGGCCAUACAUGCUCACAAUAUCUCACACGAGCCUUGUGACGAAACGCCUGGGAAGCCGGGCGAUGGGCAGGGGCAGGGGCAUGGACACGGGCAUGGACAUGGGCAUGGCCCCAAUUAA